AUGGUAUUUAAACAUUUAGCUGUUCAUUUACUUGAUAAAUAUCUUGGAGAUUAUAUAGAAAAUUUUGAUUCAAAAAGUCUAAAAGUUGGUUUAUGGCAUGGUAAUCUUACUAUCGAAAAUGCUUAUGUAAAACAAAAUGCAUUGGAUGAUUUAAAUAUUCCUGUCGAAAUCAUAACUGGUUUUAUUGAAAAAUUAACAAUUCAUAUUCCAUGGAAACAUUUCUAUACACAUCCAACAAAAAUUUCAAUUCAUGGAUUUUAUUUACUUUUAAAAACAAGAACUGAAAUAGUUUAUAAUUCUCAAAAAUAUGAAGAACAAGAAUAUCGUUCGAAAAUGAAACGAGUAGAAAAAGUCGAAAAAUUUCAUCGUAAACGAGAAGAAUACAUAUAUUUCGGAAAAAAUCCCAAACGUAAAGAUAAAUUUUUUCAACGUUUAAAAUUUCAUAUUCUUCGUAAUCUUGAAAUCACAAUUGAAAAUGUACAUAUUCAAUAUCAAGAUAAAUAUACGCGACCUUUUCAUCCAUUUACAUUCAAUCUCACAUUCAAUUAUAUUAAACUUACUGCAACAAAUGCUGAACGAGAAGAUUCAAAAAUACUUUUCAAACUCGGUGAAAUUAAUAAUUUAUCGAUUUAUUGGAGUGCCAAUAUUGAACCCUAUGAUAAUUUAUCCAAAGAAGAUGUUAUUAAAAAAUUUAAGUUACAAAUAAAUGAGCACCUCAAAACAAAUAUUGCACAACAAAAUUUCAUUCUUCGACCAUUGAAUGCAACCGCUAAAUUCGAAAUAGCGAAAAAACCUCAAAAACAAGAUUUUCAACGACCGAUUUUACAAGCGAAAAUUCUUUUUCAAGAAAUUAAUUUAAAUAUGAAUCCGGAUCAAUAUGCAGAUAUUCUUGCAUUUCUUGAGUUUUAUCAAUAUUAUACUACAAGAGCGAAAUAUGUUAAAUAUUACGCACUUAAAAAUGCUCUUCAAGCGGAAAAACCAAGUAUCCGACGAUGGAAAUUUGCUUAUAAUGUAAUUCUGAAUGAACAAAUUCGACCGAGACUUGCUUCGUAUCAAUGGAAAAAUAUUAAAUUAUAUUUAGAUCGAUCAAAACAAUAUUAUUUGUUUUAUUAUCAACAAAUAACUGCACGUCUUACUAAAGAUGAAAAGCAACGUAUGGAAGAAUUAGAAAAAAAAAUCAAUACAUUUAAUUUAAUUUAUGUUCGUCGAGUAGCUCAAAUUAUGGCUAAAAAACGAAAACCAAAUACAAAGGAACUAUCUUCCGGAGAGAAACUAUCUAAUUGGUGGAAACAACAUCAUGCCAAUGAUGAUGAUGAUCCAGAAUUACAAUCUGAUAAUAUCUUGUCAAACGAAGAAAGACAAGAACUUUAUGAAGCUAUCGGUUAUGAAGAUGAACAGAAAGUAUUAUUGUAUCCAUCAGAGUAUAUUGAUAUUGAUAUUUCAGUUGGCUUCAAUACAAUCAAAGCCAAUGUUUGGGCAAAUAAUAAUGAAAAUGAUAUACAAGCUAAAUCAAUCGCUUGUGCAACAAUAUCAAAUACUGAUUUUAUCUAUACACAUCGUCCUGCUAAAGAUGAUUUUUCAUUUCAACUUGAUAUUGAUUCAUUAGAAAUGUAUGGAAAUCAAUCGGAAUUAAAUCGUGAAGGUAUUAUUAAUUUAAAUCAACCUGUUCUUAUUCAAUCGCAUAAUAAAUCACAAAAUAAUAAAGAAAAAUUGUUACAUAUUCAGUUUGAAACACAUCCACUCAAUCAAACAUGUGAUUAUCGUAUCAUAGGUCGUUUACAAUCUUUUGAUAUCGUAUAUCAUGCAGUAACAAUUAAAAAUCUUUUUGAAAUAUUUAUUCCUGAUAAAAAUCAUCAUUUAGAACAAACAAAAGAAGUUGCUUAUUCAUUAUAUACAGAUAUAAAAAAUGAUACGCAAUUUUUAUUAAAUGAAAAUGUUAAAAAAAUGAAAGAUUUAGAUAUUAGUAUUGAUUGUCAAUCAGUAUUUAUUAUAUUACCUGAACAUGAUGAUUUAGCGAAUCCUUCGCCAUCAAUUUGUUUAGAUUUAGGUCAUUUAACAUUUAAAGGUGGAAAGAAAAAUAUUCCUCAUCAAAAAGAAAUACUUCCUAAUACUGAAAAUAAUCAAGAUAUUGUCGAAUCAUCUUCUAUUCCAAUAAAACUAAAACUUGAGAAUACGAGAUUAGUCUAUUGCAAGAAAGAUCAAGAUUGGAAAAUUAUUCUUAAUGAAAAUGAUGCAUCAUCUUAUAUUAUUAAGCCAAUAACAAUUACUCUAGAUAUAAACAAAUCAACGUGUAUGGAUGAUUUCAAUAUACCAAUUUGGAAAGUCGAUGGUGACAUUACAAAACUUGAAUCGCAAUUAUCUGAUAAACGUAUAUUCGAAAUUGUAAAUGUUGUUCGAUCAAUGCCACUUCCUCAAAUAAAAUCAAAUGAUGAAGCUAAUAUUGCAAAAUUAAAUACAAAAGAUGGAAAACGUCAAAGUGUAAAGAAAAUCGAUGAAACAAUCGAAAAAAUGACAUCUUCGAAAAUAGCUAAAACUGAACAUCAAACUCAAUCAGAUCAAAUUCAAUCUCACCAACAAAUAACACAAAUUCAAGCUAGUUUCAAAAUUCCAGCUAUAACCAUAUCUGUGGAACAAUGCCCCAUGGAUUUAUCGGAUUCCAAUGAACCAUUUAUUGAAUUAUCAUUUGUCUCAAUAGUUAUUGAAGCUAAAAUGAAAACAUAUGAUAUUGAAUUUAAUUUUUCUCUUGAAGAUUUUUACCUAAUUCAUCAACAAUUUGAAACAAAAGAUAAUAAAAAACUUUAUUUAAUUGGUAAUCAACAUAAUGAUAAUACGAAAUUAUUAACUAUCAAUGGUUUAUUAACAUCUAUUGAAAAUCCAUUAUUUUCCUCAUCACCUUAUAAUUCAAUUGAAAAUAAAAUUCACAUAAAUUUUUCACAAUCAAAUUUAAAUAUUCAAUUAGAAGCAUUGACAUCAAUACUUAUAUUUAAAAAUAAUAUUCUUAAGCAAUUUUCUCAAAAACAAAUCAAAUCAGAUGCUACUAAGACGAAAAAGCCGAAGAAAAAAUCGAAAAAAUCUUCAUUUGAAAUUGAAUUUAAUCUAAAUGAAUUUCAUAUUCUUAUUGGAAAUCAAUAUACACAAUUAUUAUAUAUUAAAUUACAAGGUGUACGAAAUUUUAAUGUUAUUGAUCCUUCACAUGAUGGUCGAUUUAAAUCAAUUAUUUCAAAAGAAAAUCAAGAAAAUGAUUUAGUAUCAAUUAAUUUAUCAUUAUUGAAAUAUUCAAAAAAAUUUCUUAAUCAAAUCGAUUCACAUAUCGAUGGACAAGUUGAAAAAGUCAAUGUUUUUCUUCUUUAUAAACAUAUUGAACUUAUUCAAACUAUUCUUAAUGCAUUUCAAGGAAAAAAAUCAAAAAAUAAAGAAAAAACUCCGUCUAAUGAACCUUCAUUUUUACAAAAACAAACAUCUAAACUUCAUUUUGAAGUUAAUAUCAACGGACCAAGAAUAUUUAUUCCAAAACAUUCAUAUUCUAAUGAAGCAAUUCUAAUUGAUUUAGGUCAAUUAACAGUACAAACAAAUCCUAUUAAUAAUCAAAUUCAAUCAGUUAUUGAAGAAUAUAAAAUUAUUUUUCAAAAUUUAUUAGUCAAUCGUGUUAAAUUAAACGAUACAAAUCAAAUUGAAGAACAUAUUAAUUUAUUAGAUUGCUCACCAUUAACUAUUCUAAUUAAUCAUCAUUUAAAUAUUGAAACUCUGGAAGAAAAUCAAGCAAAAUUUUCAAUAAAAUUUCAAUGGGAUCAAAUAGAUUUUUUCAUUCAUCAAGAAGAUUAUUUAUUUUUUAUAGAAAUCUAUGAAGAAAAUUUUAAAGAAAAAAUUUAUCAUAAAAUUCCACAAGAACAAAACGCAAUUGAAGAAAAUAAAGAAUUAUCAGAUAAACCUGUUAAAAAACAAAAAGUCUUAAAACAAAAAGAUAAGAAAAUAUAUCAAUUAAUUGCAAUUAAUCUUCUUAUAAAACAAAUUAAUUUAACACUUUAUCAUGAUCAAAAUGCGAAAUUACUUUAUUUAGAAUUUGAAAAUAUACAAAUAGAUUUUCAACAAUUUUCAAAUUCAACUUACAAUGGACAAGCACAAAUAUUUAAUUUAAUAGUCGAUUAUUUAUAUUCAAAUGAUAAUCAAAAUUCAAUCAAACGUAUUAUUGAUAAGAAUUGGAAUAUUGAACAAGAUAAAUCAAUUUUAAGUAUUAAUCUACAAUAUAAACCAUCAAAUGAAGAUAAUUCAACAUUUAUUCGACAAGUUGAUGGAGGAUUGGAAAAUUUUUACAUUUGUAUCAGUCCAAAUUAUUUGAUUUCACUAAAAGAUUUUUUCACUUCGAAAAUAGCCAUUCAAAAAGGUGUAAAUCGUGAAACAAUAAUAAAUGUCAACAAGCAAAUAUGUAAUGAUAUGAAUAAUGAGAUUCCAUCUCCAGCUAAAUUCGUAUCAAAAUAUCCAUUAAAACAAGAAUCAGAUGAAGAAGAAACAUCCACGGAUAAUGAUUCUCAAAUAACAACAAACGAUCAAGAUUCAUCAUUCUCUGUUGAGAAUAAUAUUAAUUUAAAUAUAAAAUCUUGCCAAUUUAUUGUUAUUGAAGAUGAAACGAACCAAAAUUCAAAUUGCCUUGUACUCGAAUUAUCAGUGGCAAUGCGUAUGAUGAAUGCAAACAAAACAAACAAAAUUGAAGGUUCAUUUGAAAAUUUAACUAUUUAUGCAUCGAAUUUCGAAGAAUUAAAACAAUCAAAAAUAAAAUAUGAUAUUUUACAACCGACUAAAAUUAAUGUAACAUUAGUCACCAAUCCUAGUGAACAAAUAAUCGAUGUACGUAUUGGAAAUAUAUCUGUUAAUAUAAAUCCAACAUUAAUUAGUACAAUCGCUUCUUUGAAAAAUUCAAUGGGAAAACAACAAACUAAUAUUACAUAUGAAAAAGAUAAAAUAAAUUCAAAAUCAAUAUUUGAUCCAAAACCAUUUAAAGAUUCAAGUUUUUGGUUUAUUCAAGAUCCUCAAGAGAAAGAAGAUACAUUAGAACAAACAGAUAUAUUAGAAAUAACUACAGGUACACCUUCGAAAAGAAAAUCGAUUAUUCAACAACAAAACAAACAAAAAAAAAUACAUAAACAUAAAAAUAUUCACCAACAAUUAACUGUAAGUUUGAAGACAGCCGAAGUUAAAAUUCAAUAUGGCUCUGGUUUAACAACGCGACCAGUUCUUGCUUUGUGUUUAUCGGAAAUAUUUACUCAUCUUGAAAAUUGGUCUACUGAUUUAUCGAUUACUGCAUCAAUUCAAAUUGAAUUAGCUUUAUUUAACGAUCAUCUACUUGCUUGGGAACCACUUAUUGAACCGAUUAUUGAUCAACGUAGUCACAAUAUCUCUCCAUGGUCUAUCAAAUGUCAAACUGUUACUGAUCAUAAAGACGAAAAUGAAGCGAAGUAUCGAUUUUUACUCGACGAUGAAAAAUCAUUAAAUUGCAAAGAAGAAGAAGAAGAAGAAAAUGAUAGUGACUUUGAUGUUAAGAAAAUUAUAUUUAUUCGAGCUGAUCAUUUACUAAAUAUAACACUAACCAAAACCGGUGUAGUUCUUGCUCAACGCUUAUUCAAGAUGUUUAGCGAAGCUUAUAAGAAGAAAUCAUCAACAAUUGAACAAGAUGAUCAAUCAAUAUUAUCCAUACAUAAUCAUACUGGUUAUGAACUUACUAUUGUUGAUUUAAAUGGAAUUGAGUUUACUGAAAAUGACGAAUCAAAUAAAGAUUCAAUUUUACAAAAUGGUGAAUCAGUUAAAUUGACAGUACCUAGUGAACGAUUAGAUGCAACUCAUCUUCCAACAAUUGCAGAACAAGUUGAUCAUAGAAAACAAGAAUUUUCUGUUAAAAUUGGUGAACAAUUAAUUAAAUUAGAUAUAAAUCAAACAUGGAGACGAGUUUAUGAAAUCCGCGCAUCACCAAUUCCUAAUUGGCCAAUUCAAAUGCUUUGUAAUUCACAUAUAUAUGAAGAUCGUAGACGAAUUAUUCUUAGUUCAAUCAUUAAAAUAACUAAUGGAACAAAAACGCCUUUAAUUAUUUUGGAUGCUGAUUCAGUUGAAACAAGGAAAUUUCAUCGCAUUGCACAAAUUGAUGUUAAUCAAGAAUUUUAUCUUCCAAUUGAUCCUCUUUAUCUUCGAUCGAGUCCACGAUUAUACUUCACUAUUGAUCAAGAUGAUUCAAUGGAUGAAGUGUAUGACUUUAUAUCAUUUGAUUGGGCAAAUGAAUCAAAUAGUGAUCGAGUAUUAAAAUUGAAAGAUGGUAAAGAAACUCAUUAUGUUAUUUAUAAAGAAUCACUUGAAGCUUAUUCAGAAAAUACCGAUGAACCUAUUAGAAGUUCAUUCAAUAUUUCUAUUCAAUUGGCUGUUCAUAUUAUUAAUCUUUUACCAAUUAAUAUUCUUUGUUUAAUCGAUAACUCUGAAAAAGUUGAUCUCAAAUCAGGCGAAGUAUAUCAUGCAACAACUGGAAAUAAACAAUCUAGUCUCGUUUUUACGAUUCCAUCACACAAUAAUGUUACAUGGAUAUCUGAACCAAUUAAUAUAGGUACAAAAGGUAAAGGAGCACAUAAUGAACAUAUUGUUGAAUUCCAUAAUGCCUCAACAAAUGAAAUAAUGAGAAUGGUAUUACGUGUUGAUAUAUGUCGACAAGCAUAUCGUGCAUCAUUUUAUUCUCCAUAUUGGCUUAUCAAUUCUACUGAUCUUAAGUUUCAGUUUCAACUUGAACAUGAGAUGGUUUAUAUUGAUACUACUAAUGAACCAUAUUUUAUAUGUCCAAAAGGAUUUCAUAGUAAUUCACAUAAAAAGGCUAAUAUUCGAUUAUAUAGUGCUGCAGAUGAUGAAAGUGUUUCUCAAUGGUCAGAAGGUUUUUCUGUUAAUGUUAUUAAAAGUACAGGAAUAGCAAGUUGUAAUAUACUUAAUGAUAGACUUUAUAUGGUUUGUGUUAAUAUUGUUACUUCUUCAUUCGGUAUGACAAAAAUCAUAACAAUUGCUCCAUCAAUAACUGUUAUUAACAAUGCAUCCGUUGGUAUUGAUAUUAUUGAAACUGUAUCUGGUAUUGAACAAGACAAAUGGAAAUUAGUUAAACCUGAAGAGAUAAUUCCAUUUUGGCCACAUAAUAUAAAAGAUGGUGUAAUGCGUGUACGUUAUUCGCAUAAUAUACAAGCAUCAAGUGGUUUUUCAAUAAAUGAUAAACAUCGAACAUUAUUAUAUAUGAAUGAUGAAGAACUUCCAGCAAUUGAUGUUCAAAUAAAUAUAACAGAUUUUGAUGGAUAUAGAAUUGUUUUUUCUGAUUAUAAAAAUGGUGAUGCACCUAUUUUAAUUGUUAAUACAUUAAUUAAUCAAUCAAUUACAUUCAAUCAAAAAGGCGAUUCACGAACACAAACUUUACCUCCACAAAAUUAUGUUUAUUAUACAUGGAUUGAUCCAUUUAAACCAUGUGAAUUAGAUAUUUCGGCUAAUAAAAAAACUGUAACAAUAAAACUAAAUCCUGCUAGUGGUGUUAUUGAAGAAGAUAAUGAAGAAAAUAUUUAUUAUGGUAUAUUUCAUGAUGGUCCACAAACAGUAUUAUUAUUUUCUUGUGAUAUGACAAUUAUUCGAUCAGUUACAGACUCAUCAUUAUUAGAUGAACCAAUAAAGAAUUAUAUUCAAAUAAUUGCACGUCAGAUUGGUAUAUCGAUUAUUGAUGAUGUUAAUCGAAAUGAUUUAUUAUAUAUAACUAUCAAUCAAUCAAAAAAUAUUUGGGUUGAAAAACAAAAAUAUAAUAUCAGACCAAUUUCUCCUUCUCUAAAUAAUUAUUUAGAAGACAAUUAUAAUCUAUAUAUUGGACGCCAUCACCAUCAUCGUCAUCUUCAUCAUCUUCAUCACCAUCAUCAUCAUGAUACGAAACAAGAAAUUAGAGAGAAUAGAUAUAGAAUUGACGAAAAUCGCAUCGUAUCAUUUAAUGAAAAUGUAGCGGAAAUAAGUGACGAUAGAGGUAAUCAUGUAUGUAUUCGAUAUGAAAAACUUGAUGGGAUAUGGAUUGGAUAUGCAUGGUCAAUAAGUAAAGUUGCUAUUCAUGCUCGAAUUAAUGAUAUACAAAUUGAUGAUCAACUUGAAUAUACAUUAUUUCCAACAAGUCUUUAUCCACUUAUUUCAAAAUCAGCAGGAACUGAUUUACCUGGAAAACCAUUUAUUGAAUUAAGUGUAUUUAAAAGUAAAUCGAUGAGAUCAAAUACAAUUCAUUUCAAAUAUUUUAAAUUACUUAUUCAAGAAGUUGCUUUUUGUGUUGAUCAAGAUUUGAUCUUAGCUCUAUUUCGAUUUUUCAAAGCUGACAAAAAUCCUGUAGCAUCUUCAAUGAAUAUGGAUACAGAUAUAAUGCAUAUUAAGAAACCACUUGAUUCAUUAAUUCAAAGUGAAACACAUAAACCAUCAUCUGAUAUGGAAAUUUAUUUUGAUAAUCUUCAUUUAUCACCAGUGAAGAUUCAUGUUAGUUUUUCUAUUCAUGGUUCAAAGCCAAAUAAACAACUACUUGCUGAACAUCCAUUAGCAGAUUUCAUUUUAGAAAUAUUGAAUGUAGCUGAAGUACAAGAUGUUAUAUUAAAAUUAAAUUUUUAUGAACGAAAAAAUGAACGAUAUACAAUUAAUAAAUUAACAACAGAUAUAAUUAAUCAUUAUGAACAUCAAUUGUUAAAACAAAUUCAUGCUGUUAUAUUAGGUCUUGAUGUUCUUGGAAAUCCAUUUGGUGUUAUUCGAAGUAUUGCUCACGGUGUUGAAUCAUUUUUCUAUGAACCAUUACAAGGUGCGAUGGAAGGUCCAAGAGAAUUUAUUCAUGGGUUUGGAACAGGUACAAAAUAUUUAGUAGGUUCAGUUGUUAGUAGUACUGCUGGUGCACUUUCUAAAGUAACUGAUGCAGCAAGUAAAAGCUUAGCAACAUUAACAUUAGACAAAGAUUAUCAAAAUGUUAAAAUGCAACGUAGAGAAUUACUUACUCCACAUACAUUUCACAUUGUUUCAAGUGGAAAAAAUACAGCUAAGGAUAUUGUAUCAGGUUUUAAAGGUCUUGUCAAGAAGCCAGUUGAAGGUGCAAAAGAAGGUGGUCGUGAAGGAUUCGUCAAAGGUGUCGGCAAAGGUUUUCUUGGUCUUGUUGGAAAACCUACAAGUGGUAUUGCUGAUUUAACAAGUACAUCAUUGGAUUCAAUUAAAAGGGUUGUAACACAUGAACAAAGUAUUUAUCGUAUCCGACAUCCACGACAUAUUGGUCGAGAUGGAAUUAUUCGACCUUCUAUUGCUCACGAAAUGUUCGGAAAAUAUAUAUUAGAUAAAAUUGAACAAGAAGAACAUGGUAAAACAGAAGACUAUAUAGCUCAUAUUAAAUGCUUAGAAGAAUCGUCCAGUUAUUUUUUUGCUACUACAAGACGAGUUUUAUUAAUCAAUCGAGAUUCUUCUUCAUCGGAUUGUUAUACUGUUGAAUGGCAUCAUCCUUAUAAACAUAUGAAAGAAUUACCUCAAGUAAAAUUUAAUCCAUAUCAAAUUGAAAUUAUUUUCAAAGAAAUUAAUAAAUUGAAAAUGGCAAAAAAAGAUCGAGUACAUACUAGAAUAGUGCCUUAUCGUAUUAUUGGUGAAGCUCGGUAUAUUGUCGAUAAAAUCACGGAAACAAUGCAAACAUUACAAAUCUAA